AUGGUUUCCACUAGAGGAGUGAAACUGAAAUUCGUCGAAGGCGAGAGAGUGCUCUGUUACGAACCGGAUCCUACGAAAGCAAAAGUUCUAUACGAUUCAAAAGUAUUGGAUAUUGUCGUCAACAAAGAUCCCCGAGGAAAAAAGACGAUUGAAUAUUUAAUUCACUUCCAGGGCUGGAAUUCCUCUUGGGACAGAUGCGUUAGCGAAGAAUACGUACUGAAAGACACUGCGGAAAAUCGACAACUGCAAAAAGACUUGGCCGAAAAGGCGCAGCUUCAAUUGGGAGCCUACUUGUACAGAAAGGAGAGGAAGAAGAACAGAAAACCGGGCGAACGGGCAUCGGCUUCAGAAGAUGGUAGUUCCAGUAGCCCAGGAAGGAUGGAUACUGACGACGGACAGGACAUAACCACUACCUCUGAAGAUGAUUCAUCUACAGAAGACGAAACGAUUUAUAUAGAACUUACAGCGGAGUUGAGAGAAGUAUUAGAGAAUGAUUAUAACAUGAUUAAAGAGAAGCAAAAGCUCAGUAAAUUACCAGCUGAUCCAAACAUAGUCACAAUUUUAGAAUCUUAUUACCGGCAUUAUGCUAAUAAUCAAAUCUGCGGGCUCAUGGAGAAAACAACUGUAAGAUAUAGAACAGCCCUUAAUCAAACUCAAGGUAAACCCAAACCUGAAGAUGUUCAUCGAAAUCUAACAAUUUGUAGAGAAGUAUUAGAUGGUUUGAGAGUGUACUUCGAUUUUACCCUCAACGAUUUAUUGUUAUACAAGGAAGAAGUUGGUCAAAUUGCUACGAAGCAAGCAACUUUCGAACCUUAUUCAGGCGAAGUAAAAAACGAAUCUAAACGUGGAAAUGAUGCAAAUAAUUCUAAUAACAUGAAUAAUGGUAACUAUUUGAACCAGAACGGAGACGAUGGUGGAAAAAUCAACGCCCGACGACGAACUUUGCGAUCAAACCGAAGCGAUUCCCAAGCGAAUGGCAACAUGUCGCCCAGAGAAAACAACACGAACAACAACAACAACAACGUUCCAAAACCAGCUUUAAGCGUUGCGAGCAGCAAUUCAGACGUAACCGCUCCACUAUCGAAGACCCUAUCCUGGAAAAUGUUACCGGAUCACGUUUAUCACCAACAACCCCCUCCUCCCUGCCUAAUAUACGGCGCUACGCAUUUAUUGAGGCUCUUUGUUAAACUACCCGAGUUGUUACUGACCACCACGAUUCCUGAAGAAAAAUUAAAAGUUCUGCUCAAACACUUCGACAUAUUGAUCGAUUUUCUUAAUAAUCACAAGGAGUGGUUCGGAGAACAGCAUUACAUCGAUGCGUUUUGA